AACGCAAUCUUUUUCCAGGAAUGAAGAGUCCAAGUCGGUGGCUGAGCUAUGUCCAGGUUAGCUGACCGAUCGCUGCUGACGCGCUGCGAGAUAUUCGUUUACUUCGGCGUUUACAUAGCCUACAUAGUUGUGGGCCUGUACAAGAUCUACGUACUCCGGGAUCACAUUGCCAAGGAAGCAAAGUUCCAGUUUCCCGCGGGCUGGAACUUUUAUCCCUUUUCCCAGCGGAGGCGAGACGACAGCAACGAUGAGCUGGAGAACUUCGGGGACUUUAUUGCCAGCUUCUGGCCCUUCUACCUGCUCCACACGGUUGUCCAGGGUUUUGUUCGCUGGAAGUGUCCCCGCCUUCAGUGCCAGGGAUUCGCGGCGGUGUGCGCCCUGGCGCUCUGUUUGAGCCUGGACUGGACAUCGGUGUUGCUCCUGGCCACGGUGAUCGCCAGCUACUACCUCGUUUCUCUGGCCAGGUCCAAGCAUCUGGUGUGGCUCCUGUCCGGCGGCUGGAUACUGUGCAUCAAUCUGCUGCAGAAGAACGAGUGGUGGACGGAACGCGUCGGAUACUCGGAAUACGUCCUGGUGAUCGUCACUCUGUCAUGGAGUGUGCUGCGUGGCUGCAGUUACUCCCUCUCCAAAAUGGGGGCCCAAGAGGAGGAGCUGCAGAGGUACAACAUCGUCCAGUAUCUCGGCUACGCCAUGUACUUCCCCUGCCUGACCUACGGACCCAUCAUCGGCUACCGGAGAUUCGUAGAUAGGAGGGAGGAGGAACAGCAGAACUGGCUGGAAUUCGCCGUAGGAAUAAUACGCAGCGCUUUCUGGUGGCUGGUGAUGCAGUGCGCCCUCCACUACUUCUACAUCCACUACAUGUCGCGCGAUGUGCGCAUGGUGGAGCUGAUGGACUCGGUGUUCUGGCAGCACUCUGCCGGCUACUUCAUGGGCCAGUUUUUCUUCCUCUACUAUGUGGUCACUUACGGCCUGGGCAUCGCCUUCGCACGGCAGGAUGGCAUCCCGGCGCCCAGCAGGCCGCGGUGCAUCGGUCGUAUCCACUUCUACUCGGACAUGUGGAAGUACUUUGACGAGGGCCUCUAUGAGUUCCUCUUUCAACACAUCUACGCCGAGCUGUGCGGCAGGAGAUCCUCUCCGGCGGCCAAGUUUGGCGCCACCGCGUUGACCUUCGCCUUUGUGUUCGUCUGGCACGGAUGCUACACCUACGUGCUCAUCUGGAGCAUCCUGAACUUCCUCUGCCUGGCCGCGGAGAAGCUCUUCAGGGCGCUGACCUCGUUGCCGGAGUAUAAGCGGAUUACACAGCGCUAUCUGGGAACCGUGGGCGCCCAGAGGCUCUAUGCCAUGAUGGCCACCCAGCUCUUCAUCCCAGCAGCGUUCUCCAACGUCUACUUCAUCGGCGGGCAGGAGAUCGGCGACUUUCUGAUGCGCGGCGCCUACCUCAGCGGGGUGGGAAACUAUAUGGCCCUGUGCUUCUGUAGCUACUGCUUUUUUCAGUGCUCUGAGCUGCUCCUCGCCAAGUCUGAUGGUCGCUUAAAAACCAAAACUAAUUGACCUCGCUAAAAGUCUGCUUAGAAUUACGUAAACCUUCUUUGAACAAACCAAUGCAACUUGUAUUAUAUCACGACUAAAUAUUUGUUUUGUGAAUUUUGCAAACAGGUGUCUAGUAUUUAUAAAGAUUCUUUGUACAAAAGAAAGAUCUAAUAAAUCUAAUUUAUAAUUAUA